AUGAAAAAACUCUGCUGGACCGUCGUGUACAACAUCACCAACCCGACCCCUUCUGCAGGAGAUGAGUCCCCCCCUCAAAAUGCUCCACAGAAAACGGGUCGCUGUCUUAGUGUUCCUCUUGCCGCAGCCUUCCUUGUGGCAGAGAUGUCUGGCUCCGGAGUCUUGGCUCUUCCGAAGGCUGUCGCUAAUACAGGAUGGAGUGGCCUGCCUCUGAUGGUGCUGCUCUGCGCAUGCGUGGGUUUUGCGGGGACGAGGCUCGCGAUCUGCUGGGUGCUGCUCGAAGACAGGUGGCCCGAGUACCGUCAGCCGUGUAGGAGACCGUACCCUGCUAUAGCGUACCGUGCUUUCGGUACCAUUGGAAGGUACGUUCUUUGCACGGCAGCGCAACAGGCAACUCUGGUGGGCGUGUCCACUGUGUUUCUGCUCCUCGCGUCCCAGCUCCUGUCCGCCUUGGUUCAGCCCUUGGUCUCGUCUGCGACUCUGUGCUACUGCCUCUUCGUCGUCGGGGGCGUACUGGUGCCGGCGACGUGGCUGGGAACGCCCAAGGAUUUCUGGCCAGCCUCCGUCGCCGCAGUUAUCGUCACUGUUCUAGAAUGCGCUGUAGUGGUGGCGGAAGUGGCUCGCUCCCCCCUUCCCCUCGCCGAUCCGCCCGUCUACGGAUCUCCGACGUUCACUUCGUUCUUCCUGGGCUUCGGAACGAUCGUGUUCUCUCUCGGGGGAGCCGCUACUUUCCCGACCGUGCAGAACGAUAUGCAGGAGCGAUCCAAGUUUGUUUACAGUGUGGCUAUUGCGUUUGCUGCACCCCCACCCCCCACCCCAGUGCUGCUGGUCCUCUACCUGCCAGUCUCAGGCGUGGGCUUUGGAGUCCUCGGCCAAGCGGUGUCCGACAAUAUUCUCCUGUCGGUGUCAGGCACAGCUGUGACGGUGACAAGGGCGCUGAUCUUCACGCACCUGCUGUUCGUCUUCGUCAUCAUCUUUAACCCCGUGGCGCAGGGCCUGGAGGAGGCUCUGUCCGUCCCGAGAGAAUUCGGUUGGCAGCGUUGUUGUGUCAGAACCCUACUCCUUGCCGUCAUCGUGCUUAUGGGCGUUUUGGUGCCUGACUUUGGAAAGAUUCUCAACCUUAUAGGUGGCUCGAGCGUGACCAUAGAGUCCUUUGUUCUCCCACCUCUUUGCUACCUCAAGUUAUGCGCAGCGAAAGACGAUCAUGGAAAGCCCUUCCGAUCUGUGGGCUUUGUUGAAAGGUCGAUUCUCGUUGCCGUCAUUGCAAUAGGAGUCUGUGCAGGUGUAAUUACCACGUACACAGCUGUAGCCGAGAUUGCCACUCCCGGAGCUCUGGGGAAAACGUGUUUCUUCUCGUAG